GUAGGGGAGUUUAGUUGGAUAUUGAAUGGUGCGCAUAGAAAUGGCGGGAACACAUGGCGCCAUCAUCUCAUGGGUACCUAAAAAUCCAGGGUUUAUUUCUAUAUAACAAGAAUCGCCCUGGCUCAAGAUCGUUAGUCCUUAAACCAGUCUGUUGGAAUCAUUCGUUUCUUUUAUGUCCGUUCUCAAGAUCUCUCGCGAUGGCCCAAGCAGAUCUGAUUAACAACAGCCCUGAAAUCAAAGAGUCGUCCCCUAAAGUACCAAAACUCAGCCAAAACGGAGUACAAGAAGUUAUCCAAGGUUCAGUAUCGCUCUUGAAAGUAAAAAGACUCUCUGAAAAAGCUGUUUUGCCGUCUAGAGGCUCUGCUCUUGCUGCAGGCUACGAUCUGUCAAGUGCAACGGAUACCAAAGUGCCUGCUAGAGGAAAAGCGUUGAUUCCUACUGAUCUAAGCAUUUCAGUACCUGAAGGAACCUAUGGUCGCGUUGCGCCAAGGUCUGGUUUGGCUUGGAAGCAUUCCAUCGACGUGGGAGCUGGAGUAAUCGAUGCAGAUUACAGGGGACCCCUUGGGGUGAUUUUGUUCAACUAUUCGGAUGUUGACUUUGAAGUGAAAGUGGGUGACAGAAUUGCCCAGUUGAUUAUUGAGAAGAUCAUGACACCCGAUGUUUUGGAAGUUGAGGAUUUGGAUGCUACCACUAGAGGGGCUGGGGGAUUUGGCUCCACUGGUGUUUAAAUCUCUGGGUUUUCUUUUUAAUGUCGCAGUGUAUUAGGA